UGUACAUGUUGAUGAAGAUGUCACCAGUAAAUAGACUUACACUUGUACAUGUUGAUGAUGAUGUCACCAGUAAGUAGACUUACACUUGUACAUGUUGAUGAGGAUGUCACCAGUAAGUAGACUUACACUUGUACAUGUUGAUGAUGAUGUCACCAGUAGACUUACCCUUGUACAUGUUGAUGAUGAUGUCACCAGAACAGAAACAUAAAGGAGUGAUUGCUGCAUCAGCUGGAAACCAUGCACUGGCUUUGAGUUACCACGGGCAGAAACUAGGUAUUCCAGUGACAGUCGUGAUGCCUAUUAUCGCACCAAUCAUGAAGAUAACUAUGUGUGAACAGUUUGGUGCUAACAUCAUUAUUAAGGGAGCUGACAUUGGAGAGUCGAAAGAACAAGCAUUACAACUUGCCAAGGAAAAUGGAUUGUUAUAUGUGAACGGGUAAGUUUUUAUCA